CAGCCAUUAUACAAGAAAUGUGGUAAAAAUGGAAAACCCAGGAAGAACAGAUGGAAAAAUCCUUUGUGGGCAAAAGACAGACUUGAAUUUACUGCUUGAAUGUCUGAAAUAUCAAAUGGACAGCCCUGUGACUCAGAAACAAGCCCUGAUCACCAUCCAUUCAAUAUGUCAACAGAAUAGUGAAGCAAGUGAUUACUUUCGUGAGAUUGGAGGCUUACAGUUCGUUAAUGGACUUAUAAAACUGAGUGAUGCUUCUAUCCUUCGGGAAGCAGCCUUGUUCACUUUAGCAGCUUUAGCUGAAAGCAGUGUGUACUGCCAACAGAGUUUGUGCACUGCAGAAUUGCUGUCUGGUGUUGCAUUGUCACUUGCUCAGGAGGAUGCUUCAUUGAUUCUGAAGAGGAUGAAUGUCUACAUGAUCCUGGUGUUGGUGUCACACAACAAGAUUGGACAAACAUUGGCGAGGACAACUGGAUGUAUUGAUGUUCUUCUGAAUUUGUUCAGGACAAAUUUUCCAAUGUCAGACAAGCAGUCCAUAGAUGAAAAUAUUGGUCGGUCCUUCGAGCUGUGGUCAUCUAUUAGUAGCACACUCUGUGCUUGUGUCAACAAUCCACAAAAUGAAGAGAACCAGAGACUGUGUGCGGCAGCUUUUCCAUUUGCAAAAGAUUGUCUGCAGAAAUGCAUCAGGCAAGAAGUAAUCCGGCCCAUUUGUGCAUUUAUUGGACUCGCUGUUGCUAACAACUCAUACGUACAGGACUACUUUUGCAGCGUUGGUGGCCUGGAUGCUGUUGCUCAGAUUCUUGUGAGGUUGGUGGAUGAAUCCAUAAGACAUCAUUCUAGCAGAGAGCUGGCAAUAUCUGUGGUUAAAACACUAAAUUCCUGCAUUUCAGAAAAUCCUCCUGUGGUUUCCCGCUUAUCGGAAUAUUUUAUCGUACCCAAGCUUGUAGCACUGUUGUUACAGAAUGAUCUUGACAUAAACAGUAAAUUGGGCAUUAUUCUUGCUAUUGGGCAUUGUACUGAUGGAUGUGAAGCACAUCAGUAUCAGCUACUGCAAAGCAAUGGGCUUCCACUUAUGAUCCAAAUAGUAGCUGAAUCUCAGGAUGAGGAGCAAAGGAAAGCAGCUACCUUUGUUCUACAGAGUUGCCAGUUAAUAACUGAGAAACUAUCGAAGAGUCUGAUGGAGAAUGUUCAACCAAGCGGAGACACAGUUACUACAUAUGGCAUUGAUUAUCCCAAAAACAACAGUCUGAAAGAUUACUGGAAAUUUGCAGAAGGAUUUCUAAGUAGGAUAAAGACAUUAGAAAAACAGCAAGAAGAGUCCUGUGAGCCACUGCUCAAGGGAAUAGACAAGAUGCUGAAACAGAGAGAAGAUAUGCUACUGAAGCAUUCCAAUGAACAGCUUUCCUUGGAUAACACAAAAAUGGAUAACUGGACUGGUGAAACAAGACAGGCAAAAAAUCAGGAUAUUACCCCAGAGAAAAGAAAAUUUGAUUUAACUCACAGAAAGAAUGAACGCAGAGAGGAGGAUUCUGUUAUUCCUGCAAUUAAUCCAACAUCUUCAAGAAAUAAAGAAAAUAAAAGGCAGUACCGAGAUCAGCAGCUAAUGGAAAAAGUAAAACGACAGAUAUUUGUAGAAGAUGAUGUUUCACACGAAAUACACAGAGUCAAUAGAAAUGCAGAUCAGUUUGGGAAUUCUGACAAAUUGAGUUCUGAUGCUGAAGCAAGGAAUAUGAAUAGCCAGCAACACGAUUUGCCCAUUGGCCGUACAUGCAGUGGUGGCCAAAGCAUAUCUCCUGACACACAGAACAGAAAUAGAGUUCCAGAAAUGGGCCAGCAACAUGGUGAAAAGUCUUGGUCUGUGCAAUGUGGAAAACCAUCAAACCAGUCAAUAACUGUACCUGAAGCUAAACUUCUAAGACAAAGUACAUCAAGGGAAGAGCAGAAAACACAAGACAAGCUAGACUUUAAAAAGAGAGUCAUAGAUGACACCUUCAAAAGACCUGCUCCAAACAGGAGAAAGAGAAGCAAACAGACCUGCAAAGAUUCACUUAAUCUGUGUUCAGAUUUAAUUAAUAUUGAAAUCACUAGCACUCUUACCAGUCCUGCUCCAUCACUUACUGCAGGCCAAGAUUUCCGAUGCUCAGGUUGUUCAACAGUAGCAGCAUCCCUGAAUAGUAGAAAUUUCUGUAAAAUUCUUCAGUUGUGUCCCAAUAAAUGUGAUCGACACAAAGUGAUUCAAGAAUGUGAAGAUAGGUACAAAAAGGAAUUAAAGAAGUUAUUAACCUGUUACAGUUCUAUGACUGACAAAAAGAAUCUUCUGACUCCAAUCAAGAAAGCUGCAUCUCACAUGACAAAUUUCCACACACAGCAUUCAGAUUUUCUAAUCAAGCCUAAACCAUCUGUGAACAAUUUUCACACAAAAAAGAUUCUGUUGACUCCAAUCCAAAAAACGGCAUCUCACAUGACGAAUUACUGCAGACAACAAACAAAUUUUAUAACUUGGCCUAAGCCAUCUACAAAAGAUGUUAACGUAACUCGAUUUCUUUUGACACCAAUGAAGAAAUCUACAUCCGGUGUGCCUGCUGUCUGUCUGCAAAGAGACAAUACACAACAAUUUCGACCAAGUAUGGGACAAGAUCAGAAAUACCGAUUGGACUGCAGACAAGCCUUGCAUGACCCACAGCUCUGCAAUCAAAUUACACUUCAAGAUCACGCUUACACUUUUGAUGAUAACGAGCAUUCAGACAACUGUGAAUACAUCUUGAGAAGGAGAAAAAAGAAGAAAAGGAGAAAACGUAAAAAUUUCACAGAAGAGGAAGUUGGCUACCUGCUAGAUGGAGUGAGGAAAAUGGGAUAUCAUUGGAAUUCCAUACUUUGGUCCUACCCAUUCCAGAAAGGAAGGACCAACGUCGAUCUGUCACGCAAGUAUCGGUCAUUGCAGAAAGGAAACUCCCCAAGAAAGGUCUAAAGACCCAAGACAGCUCAACGGAAUGAAGGUGGCUUCACAUGCAACAGUGAUUUUAGGUUCAAGCAAGCACAAAACAUGCUAGAGAAACUCUGCAGAUCUGGUAUAGAGAGAAACCAUUAACGUCAUGUCUGCUGUCUGAGAUCUUCAGGAGCCUGCUGAGUUUCUCCAGCAUUCUCAGUUUACGUUUCAGAUCUCCAGGAUCUGAACGUCUUGUUUUAAGGAAGUCUUGGCGAGAUUUAGCUGUACAGAUUGUAAAAUGGUGAAGGAGUCUUGCUACUGCAUAGAGACAUUCUAUAGUGAAUCAGGAGCACAGCGGAGUGUGGUGUCACCCGCAGUACUCCAAACUUAAACAUGUCACAUUAUCUUUUCAAUUACUAUUCACUGACAAUGUUGAAAAAAAUGUGUUAGCCAUGUGACAAGAUAGCAAUCUUCAGUAUUCACGGUCUAUGCUUGAGCAGAAAGAAUGACUAAUGCUAAGGUUGCACAUCCCAGAAAGAUUCCAGUCUUUUGAGGCGGGGGGGGAAUAUCAUAAAUUGGGGAGUAUUCCAUGUUUAUUUUGAAUCUGUUCCAGUCACGAUAAUAAAAUAGUUUUAGUAAACAUUGUGUUCUGGUGUUAUCCCUCCCCUCAAGUGUAGUUUUAACUGUCGUUCUCAAUGUUUAAAAACAACAGAGUAAUAUUACAAGCACACUAAAUGUUUAUGGAAUAACAUCUUGGAGGUUGAAUGCUAUGCUUAGAAUAUUUCUGGCUUAGACCUGGGACAUAGAGCUUGUUGGAACCACUCACAGAUCUACUUAUAAAUGGAUAUUCCCUCACAGGCUAACCAGAAACUUUCCAACCCCUGCCAAUCAUACCACUGAAGCACAGAGUCAGUAUGCUGACUAUGAUUGAAUUUUGUGGGGGCAAAGAUUUGGAAUGAAUUAGCUUGUUCAUUGCAAGCGGUCUUGGUAUUCUGAAGCAACAGUGGUUGUGGCAUUAUGGUAACUUCAAGCCCUCACUACAGAGCAUGCUUGGAUGGGGAUUAAGACUGAGAUAAAAGAGGAAUUUGAGUGUUGAGACUUUGGAACUCCUUAUCACAGACAGCUAUGGGGCUCAGGUCCUUGUGUAUGUUGAAGGUCGAGAUAGAUUCGUGAUCAGUUUGGAAUUCAAAGGUUAGGGAGGAAGAGCAGGAAUGUGGAUGUGAGGAGUGUCAGAUCAGUCACACUCCUAACAAAUGGCGUAGCAGGCUCAAGAAACUGAAUAAACUUCUCCUGUUCCUUAUAAUCCUGUAAUCUGUAUUUUCUGUUUUGGUACAGAGCCAUCAUUCCAGUAUUGCUAAACUAACCAAUUUCAGAAAAUCAUGUGUGAACUUAACAUUGUACUAUUUCUGCAUGACCAUGCAAGUUAAUAAACCAGUCUAAACAA